CUGCAGCAGCGCAGCACCGAGCAGGGAGGGAGGGGGCGACCCGGAGUCUUUGAAAGGAUAGAGGGCGAUGACCACACCGGCAGGCUCUGGCACAGGCUUCGGCUCCGUGUCCUGGUGGGGCUUGUCCCCAGCGCUGGACCUGCAGGCUGAGAGUCCUCCUGUGGACCCAGAUUUGCGGGAGGAUACAGAGCACACGACCCCCGAGCUAGAUGUACUGCUGGUGGGAUCCGUGGAUGGGCGGCACCUGCUUCGGACUCUGGCCCGGGCAGCUCUCUGGCCUCGCAGGAGGUUACAUUUCUAUGUGCUUGAGAAUAAUCUGGAAGCUGUGGCCCGACACAUGCUGAUCUUCAGCCUAGCCUUGGAGGAACCUGAGAAGAUGGGGCUGCAAGAGAGGAGCGAGACCUUCCUGGAGGUGUGGGGGAACGCGUUGCUGCGCCCCCAGGUGGCCGCCUUCGUGCGCGCGCAGGCCGACCGCCUGGCGCGCCUGGUCCCGGAGCCCCACCGCCUGGCGGAGCAGCUGCCCUGGCUCAGCCUGAGCGCCCUCAAGUUCCGCGAGCGCGACGCGCUGGAGGCUGUGUUCCGCUUCUGGGCCGGCGGGGAGAAGGGUCCUGAGGUCUUCCCCAUGAGCCGCCUCUGGGACUCCAGGCUGCGUCACUACCUGGGCUCCCGUUACGACGCCCGGCGCGGUGUCAGCGACUGGGAUUUGCACAUGAAGCUGCACGACCGCGGGGCCCGAGUCAUCCACACUCGCGAGUUCCGGCGUUGGAGGGACACAGGCGUCGCCUUUGAACUCAGAGACUCCAGCGCCUACCACGUGCCCAACCGGACCCUUGCGUCUGGCCGCCUCCUGAGCCAUCACGGGGAGCGUGUCGCAGCGCGCGGGUACUGGGGGGACGUUGCCACGGGACCAUUCGUGGCCUUUGGCAUCGAAGCGGACGAUGAGAGCCUCCUGCGGACCAGCAACGGACAGCCAGUCAAGACCGCGAGUGAGAUCACCCAGCACAACGUGACGGAGCUGUUCCGAGAGGUGGCCGCCUGGGGGCGCCCGACAGCCAACCACGGAACCCCUGAGCAGGUGCACGGCGAGGGCCCUGGAAGCCCGGAGCGCGCUGCCCCUUCCCCGGAAUUCACCGUUCACUUCCUGCCUCUCGGCUCUGCCCAAACCCUUCACCACAAGAGCUGCUACGAGGGACGGUUCCAGCUUCUCUACGUGGCCUGUGGGAUGGUGCAUCUUCUCAGCCCCGACCUCGGGGCUUGCGUGGCUCCCGGAGGACACCUGAUCGUGGAAUUAGCCCGGUACCUGGUAGACCUGCGGCAAGAGCAGCUGCAGGGGUUUUCCGCCAGGGUCGGGGAGCUAGCUCGGGCGGCUGGAUUCACCCCGCAGAACCAGGACAGGCCCUCUGAGACCUUCGCACGCUUCUACAAGUCCGGGGACUCUGCUUGCCUCCGCAGCCACGCCGCUGUGCAAUCCACGACUCCGCCCCCUGGCGCCCUGGUCCCGCCCUCUGUACAACCCGCGACUCCGCCCCCUGACGCCCUGGUCCCGCCCCUUGAGGCAAGGAACCCGCCCCCGGAGGGCCUGACCCAGCCUUCGGAAGGCAAGACCCCACCCUCUGAACGCCUCAAACUACCCUCAGAGUCUCGGGCUUCACUCUCAGAGGUUCAGGCUCCGCCCACAGGGAGUCAGACCCCCAAACCAGGGAGUCUGCCCCGACUGCCAGAUACCCAGCCCCCCAUCUCUGACCUCUAGUCAGGUCCCGGAAGUAGAGCCCGCCUGUAGAAUACUCAGUUACACUCUCAACAUUCUCAAUCAGCUUCAGAGGUGUUGCUAGAAUUUCAGAUUACAUUCCUGGGAUGCUAUAGUCUGUUCUUAGAAUUCUAGAUGGUUCUCUCAGAGUUCUCCAUCCCAUUCCUGAGCCUCUACACACAGCCUGGCGAUCUGGCCCUGAGGCUCAGGCCCUCUGUGUGGUCCCCUUGUCGCCAGAGGUCCUGUUUUAACUGGGGUUUGGGGUGGUCUGCUCUCCACGGCUAGUCAGCACCCACACGGUCCAAGUAAAGAGAGCGGGGUCCUCUUCUCCGUGUGCCCGUGUAGCUUUCCUGUCCUCAGUCUUGUCUCCAGGGCUGGGGGAGGGGAGGGCCUAGGGUGGUCAAGAGAGGAGACCUAGUUCCAAGUAAACUAGAAGUGGGUUUCUCUGUGCUGUUGCCUGCGAGAGUCUGGGCCACACCUGGAUCCUGAAAUAAAUCAAAAUUUAUUGAGUGGCUAAGAGGUCUGGGGCAGUGAAACUGACCAUAGCUCUCAUGGAGACUGCACUUUAGCGUGGAGGUGGAGCCCAGAC